AACGUGGUCAGGAUGCUGCUGUCAUCUGUUCAGAUCUGAUCAGAUUGGCUGGGUCUGGAUCAACUCGAUGUUCUGGAAGAGUUGAAAUCUUUCACAAUAACAUCUGGGGAACAGUCUCUGAUUACAACUGGAACUUAAAUGAUGCUGAGGUGGUUUGCAGACAGUUAAAAUGUGGGACGGCACUAGGGAAUCUCCAAUUUGGUCACUUUGGUGAAGCAACUGGACAGAUUUGGCUCAGGGAUGUGACGUGUUCAGGAAAUGAAGGUUCUCUAACUGAAUGUCAACACUCAGGAUGGGGAAACUACUACUAUGGACAUUAUGAUGAUGUUGGUGUCAUCUGUUCAGGUAUGAUCAGAUUAGCUGGAUCAACUCGAUGUUCUGGCAGGGUUGAAGUUUAUAAAAAUAACAGCUGGGGAACAGUCUGUGAUGAUGGCUGGGACUUAAAUGAUGCUGAGGUGGUUUGCAGAGAGUUCAACUGUGGGUCGGCACUGGAAGUUCCUACAUCAGCUCACUUUGGUGCAGGAACUGGAAAGAUUUGGCUUGAUCAUGUGACCUGUUCAGGAAAUGAAAGUUCUCUAACUGAGUGUCAACACAGUGGAUUUGGAUCAAACACAUGUGAACAUGGUCAGGAUGCUGCUGUCAUCUGUUCAGAUCUGAUCAGAUUGGCUGGGUCUGGAUCAACUCGAUGUUCUGGAAGAGUUGAAAUCUUUCACAAUAACAUCUGGGGAACAGUCUCUGAUGAUGGCUGGGACUUAAAUGAUGCUGAGGUGGUUUGCAGACAGUUAAACUGUGGGACGGCACUAAAGAAUCCUGAAUUUGGGCACUUUGGUGAAGCAACUGGACAGAUUUGGCUCAGUGAUGUGACGUGUUCAGGAAAUGAAAGUUCUCUAACUGAAUGUCAACACUCAGGAUGGGGAAACAACUACGACUACUACAAUGGACAUUAUUAUGAUGUUGGUGUCAUCUGUUCAGCAUGCGGCAGGGCUGUGGAAAACUCAGGAAGUGGGCCCUGGCAGGUCAGUAUAAACCACAAUGGACAGUUUUGGUGUGGAGGGUCCCUAAUCACCAACCAGUGGGUGCUAACAGCUGCUUCCUGCAUAUCACAUAACCUGACAGAGGUACAUCUAAGCUGCCACACCCAGUCAGAUUUAACCUCCGGCGAAGUGUCUUUGACAGUGGAAGAUAUCAUCUGUCAUCCUGCAUUCAACAACAGCACGUAUGAGAACGACAUUUGUCUUCUGAAGCUGUCGGCUCCUGUAACUUUCACAGACUACAUUCAGCCAAUCUGCUUAGCCUCACAAAACAGCACUUUCUACAAUGGGACCAGCAGCUGGGUCACUGAUUUUAGUGAAACUGGUAACAGUUCCUUCCCAAACAUCCUGCAGGAGGUAAAUGCACCAGUGGUGGGAAACAAUGAGUGCCAGUGCUACUAUGAAGGCGACAAAGCAAUCACAGAGAACAUGAUCUGUGCUAUGCUUCAAGCAAGGAAAGAUUCAUGUCAGGUGACCCCUAAUAUUUAUUUGUACUGCCAUGCCUUGUUCAGUGCUAUAAGAAUUAUGUAUCACUUUCACACUAGAUUAUUAUUGCUAGCUAUUAAGGUACAGCAUACAGAACCGGUUCAUACUUAAAGACUGAUGUACUGGCUGACCGUUUCAUCUUGUUUACUGUCUUUGUGACAGUCAAACCCAAUUACAGACCCCUUGAUAGAACAAUAGUUCAGGAGUCAGAUGAAGUGA